UCCCGUGCACAGGGACGCAUAACGAGGUCUCCAGUAAAGGCCCGGCCAGUCAUUAUCGGAUCACAGCCAUCCUUGCCAAAGCAAUCUGAAGCAUUGAUGGCUAGUGCGUCGCUCCAGGAGAAGAAGCAAGUUCGGUGGAGAAAUGUUGCGCAUAUUUCUUGUUGUUUUGAUCUGCAGGCGGGAGGGGUGGUUUUCAUGACGAUAUUUGGAGGAUGUAAUAACGACGGUCCAAGACCAUUACACUCCUUAUCCGGCGUUCGGGGUGGAAGAUGUGGGGAGUUGUCGAGUAUAUUUUUGAUGAUUCCGGCUGGUUAUUCUUUAGUCUUCAGGUUGUGCGGCAGUCGCACAGCUCAUCCGACGACAUCCCGACCAGAACAUCGGGGGACAUGUGCGUCGUCGAGGGGGUUUGCGCACACACAAAAAAGGAAGAGAUACGGAGUCGGAUGAGAACAACCUGGGCGGGAGGGAUUGGAAAUCUCCUUGCGGAUAGAUGGACGGAACCAGGAAUUCUGGAGGGUAUCCUGGUUGUAUGUGUGCGAAACACAGCUGGAUGAGGGUAACCCCGGGAGCGAGCGCUGG